UAUGCUUUGCGCGUAACCUUCCCUCCCUACCCCACCACCCUUUCAAUAUGGCGGCGCCCGGUCCCGAGCCGAGCCGCCCUCCUUUCCCGUUCCGCUUCCCGGCCGAGGAGGAGGAGGACCGCCCGGCCCGGAGGCAGGCCCAGGAGGAAGGCCCGAGGCGGAAGAAGCCGGCCUGCCGCGCCUGCACAGACUUCCGCAGCUGGAUGCGCGAGCAGAAGAGGCAAGGCGCCGCGGAAGCCGGAACCGAAUUGCAAGAGAUUCCCUCGGAUUGUCCUCUAGAUCGGGAGGAACUGGGGAGGAAUUCCUGGUCCUUCCUCCAUACGAUGGCGGCUUACUACCCCGACCGGCCAAACAAAACCGAACAGCAGGAAAUGAUCCAGUUCAUCACCUUAUUCUCCAAAGUUUUCCCUUGUGAUGAAUGCGGAGCAGAUUUUAGGAAAAGGAUACGACGGAAUCAGCCAGACGCCUCCAGCCGGCGCAAUCUGACGCAGUGGUUUUGCCGGAUCCACAAUGAGGUGAACCGGAAACUGGGGAAGCCCGAGUUUGACUGUUCCCUCGUUGAUCAGCGCUGGCGGGACGGAUGGAAAGACGGCUCCUGUGAUUAGAAGAACUUGAGAGACUAUUGGAACUGGAUCAAAGGAUCUAUCUAUAUAUAUUUUUAACGAAAAACACAUGAAAAUCAAGUCUGGAGGGACCCAGUGCAGGGAAGAUAAAAUAAUAGCUGUUUACAUUCAUCUCCCUCGUUUCAGCUGCUAGUGAGAGAUCUCAUUGUUCCGCCUCCUGAGCCAGACCAUGCAAAAAGGCACAUAAAUAGCCCCCUAUUUUGAGCAUUCUUUUUAUCUGUAAGGAAGUGUGUGCUGUGUGUUUUCAAAUGUUUUGAACAUAUCAGAUGGACCCAUCUCUCGUGUGACAGUAAAGUGGGAGGCUGGAGAAUAUUUGGGUAGAUCUUGGGCCAUGCAUUUGCAACGUUUGUGCGAAAAAAUGUAUGUCCAGGGCUACAAAACAUUCAGAGCUGCAGGUCAGAUUGCAUCCAUAUAACAAUGGGAUUAAUUUAAGCCACAUAUUGGAUUCAUGUAACUUGGAAUUCAGGGAUCCCAGUUUGCAUCUAACUGCGGUCUUCCAUUUUACCUGAAUGUUGAAAUCUGUGGUUUGGAUAAACUAUUAUUACACAAACAUAGUUGUUAAUAGUAAGAUAAUCCUUUGAUACUCAGUUUGUUACUUCUGUUUCUGCAUUUUCUGCAGCUCCUGCAUUGACUGAUAUUUCAAAAUCAUUACAGUGAGUUUGUUAAACUGGCAGAUUGUGGGCAUCUGGUUAAUGGGUUUAAGUGAGUCAUUGCUGAAUUCUUGUUUUAAGACAUUUCUAAUAAUUUGCAUAGAUCUGUUUUAGCUGCACUUUCCUGCCCUGUAAACCUAGGAAUUGCGCAGCAAAGACAUUACAGCAGAAGUGGGAAACGGCAUACAGUGAAACCCCAAUACAAAGACUUGGCGUGAUUUUUUUUGCAAAAGCACUGACUUAGGUAGUAUACAUUUCUGUGCCUUCCAUCCUUCCAUGGAAGAAUGAAGGACUCAAGGGCUGAGGACUUCUGGCCAUCUGUGCAAUUAAUCUUUAUACUAUGUUGCUUUUGUUUUGUGAUCCUUUCUGGGCUUAGUAACACUGCUUUUUGGAAUGCCGGUCUUAAGAGUCCUAAAAGUAACUUUCCCAAGGUCCAAUUAGGAGCAGAUAAUCCCAAGUCUAGAACAAUACGCUUAUGGACUGUAUGUUACUCCAACUGGGACUGGAGAUGGUGCAAUUCAGUGGGACAUCUGAAUUUCUCUGUAAUUCUGCUGGAAUUAAGAUAGCCGAUUGGGAGAAUGUGUGUAAAACUAGCCAACAGCAGCCUUGUUUAGUACAUGUAAAAAAUGGUCCAUAAUCCAAGUUGUAUUAAUGACUUUCUUGCCAACGUUGGAUGCAUUUUUCAUAACUGAAAUCUUGAAUUUUGAAAAUAAAAAAUAUAAUCUGUAAUUUUUUCCGUAACCAUUUCAUGAUGAAGAAUACGAAUUGCUUGAGAGCACUCUGUGAAGGCGAUGGUAAAUAAAGUGUACCUCAA